CGCCGCUCUGCGCCCCCCGCGCCGCGGCCGCCAUGGGCUCCCUGCUCAGCCGCCGCAUCGCGGGCGUGGAGGACAUCGACAUCCAGGCCAACUCGGCCUAUCGCUACCCGCCCAAGUCCGGAAACUACUUUGCAAGUCACUUCUUUAUGGGAGGUGAGAAGUUUGACACCCCUCACCCCGAGGGCUACCUUUUUGGUGAGAACAUGGAUCUGAACUUCCUCGGGAAUAGACCUGUUCAGUUUCCCUAUGUAACUCCAGCUCCACAUGAGCCAGUGAAGACGCUGAGGAGUUUGGUGAAUAUCCGCAAGGACUCUCUCCGACUUGUGAGGUAUAAAGAUGAUGUUGACAGUCCUACGGAGGAGAACGGGAAGCAGAAGGUCCUGUACAGCCUGGAGUUCACCUUUGAUGCAGAUGCCCGUGUUGCCAUCACAAUCUACUGCCAGGCCACGGAGGAGUUUGUUGGUGGCAUGGCAGUAUACAGCACAAAGAAUCCCUCUCUGCAGUCGGAGACGGUUCAUUACAAGAGAGGGGUAAGCCAGCAAUUCUCCCUGCCUUCCUUCAAGAUUGAUUUCUCAGAGUGGAAGGAUGAUGAGCUGAACUUUGACUUGGAUCGUGGUGUGUUCCCUGUGGUCAUCCGAGCAGUGGUGGAUGAAGGGGAUGUGGUGGUUGAGGUCACUGGUCACGCCCAUGUUCUCCUGGCUGCAUUUGAAAAGCACGUUGAUGGCAGUUUUUCUGUGAAGCCCUUAAAACAGAAGCAGAUCGUUGACCGGGUGAGCUACCUGCUUCAGGAGAUCUACGGCAUCGAGAACAAAAACAACCAGGAGACCAAGCCUUCAGACGACGAGAACAGCGACAACAGCAACGAGUGUGUGGUUUGCCUGUCGGACCUGCGGGACACCCUCAUCCUGCCCUGCAGACACCUCUGCCUGUGCAACUCCUGCGCUGACACCCUGCGCUACCAGGCCAACAACUGCCCCAUCUGCAGGCUCCCCUUCCGUGCCCUGCUGCAGAUCCGGGCGGUGAGGAAGAAGCCGGGGGCUCUGUCGCCGGUGUCAUUCAGCCCUGUCUUGGCACAGAGUGUUGACCAUGACGAGCACUCUAGCUCUGACAACAUCCCUCCCGGCUAUGAGCCCAUUUCCUUGCUGGAAGCACUGAAUGGGCUCCGCUCCGUUUCCCCCUCCAUCCCCUCUGCUCCUCUGUACGAUGAGAUCAGCUACUCCGGGGUGGUGGAUGGGAUCCCUCCCGCCAGCCGCCCGCUCGUGGGCAUGGACAGAGCCCUGGAGAGCGGCCACCAGAAGGGCAAGCGCAGCAAGUCUCCAGACAGCACACUACGGUCCCCCUCGUCCCCAAUCCACGAGGAGGAUGAGGAGAAGCUCUCCGAGGACUCCGACUCGCAGCCGGCGCUGAGCGGGGGUGAGCUGGUCCUGAGGGAGACCAGCUCUCCAGAGAGCGUGGCAGGGGAAGAGAUGGAGGAGGCCUCGCCUGUGCAGCAGGGUGGUGGCCGCCCGCCCUCGGUGGAGGACGUGCUGCAGGACGGCGGCUGCGGCGAGAGCCGGAGCCUGACACGGUCCGAGAGCGACCCCCCUGUGGACGUGUUCCUGCCAGGUUCAUCCGACUACACCAAGACGCUCCCCGUCCGCGGCACCGGCAGCCCCACGCAGCCCCUUCUCUUCGAGCAGACCCAUCUGCACCUGGAGGACGAGCAGAGCCUCCCGUGAGCGGGGCCGGGCCCUGCCGGAGCCCCCCGGCCCUGCCCGCGCCCCUCCGGACACGGUCCCGGCACAGCCCGUGCAUGUUCCCUGGCGGUGGGUCGGGGCUGGGGCCGUGUUUCCCGUGGGGGGUGUCCGUGGGGCCGGGCGGGGUUUUGGGUUCCGAUGGGCAGAUGAAGGACGGACACUACCGAUGUAUAUUUUGUACACACCGAGCACAGCCCUUUGCUGUCACUGCCCCUGUACAGAGCCGUGGCCUCCCCGCCGUGCCGGGCCGCAGGGCUCCGCGGGGAGGGGGUUCCGCGGGGGUCACCCCCGGC